GAUACUGAGCGAAGCCUGGCGCUCCGUUCUGCCCCUCCCCCGCAGCAGACCCAGCUCCGCAAUGGAGAUGCAAGAUGGUGGGCAAGAGACUGCAGCGUCUCCUUCCGCCCCUGGAACAGGAAAGUCAAAACUGGAUACUUUACCCAAAGAAGAGCUCAUCAAAUUUGCAAAGAAGCAGAUGAUACUUUUACAGAAAGCGAAAUCUCGAUCUGCAGAACUGGAAAAGGAGAUUGAAGAACUGAAAUCAAAACCUGCCGCUGGAGGGACUGAUGAUAUUAUUCAGGCCCUCACGGAGAGACUGGACGUUGUUCUCCUCGAAAAAGCAGAAAUCCAGCAACAGUGUCUAACUCUGAAAAAAGAAAAUGUGAAAAGACAACAAGAAGCAGAGGCUGCUAUUGUCAAGGAUGAAGAAUCACAGAAGAAACUUGUGCAACUGAGCGCCGACUACCUGAAAGAAACUGAGAGUCUUAAAAAUGAAAUGGUAAUGGCACAGUCCAGAUAUGAUGAAACUUUGGCAGCGCUGCAGAAGGAACUGCAUGCAGAAAGGAGGAAACAAGAAGAGCUCUUGGACCAACUUAAAUUUCACAGUAAUUGGCAAGAAGAAGUCAAAAGACUAGAGGAAGGGGUCCACCAAACAAAGGCUGUGUAUGAGCAACAGAUCUCAGAUCUGGAGAAGCGGUUGGGAGCCUGCAGUGAAGCUAAGGAGAAAGAAAUUUCUGAUCUGCAAAAUGUUAUUGAAAACAAUCCUCGGGGUUACCAAAAUGAAAUUGAUAAGUUAAAUGAAGAACUGGUGAAACUGAAGACUUCACACCAAGAGGAGGUGUCCGAUUUGAUGCACCAGCUCGAAGCUUCUGCGAAUGUGUGUGAAGAAGAACGAAAUAAGGUAGAACGGUUACAGCAGGACUUGAGAGAACAGUAUGAGGUGCGAGAGAAAAUCUUGCAGAAUGAAUUACAUGCUUGCAAAGAGAAGUAUGAAUGUGAACUGGAGUGCUUAAGACAGGCUUUAACUAAAAAUGAAGACAACCAAACAGAGAAUAGAAAUGAACCUCUCGAGUCAGAACUGAGGGGAAAGGCCAGGCACUUAGAGAGUGCUCUAAAAGAACUGGAAUCUCAACACAGUAUACUGCAAGAUGAAGUAACCUAUAUGAAUAAUGUUAAGAUGAAACUAGAAAUGGAAGUCCAGCAUAUGAAGGACGAAUAUUUUCAUGAACGGGAGGAUUUGGAGUUCAAAAUCAAUGAACUGCAGCUUGCCAAAGAAGAUCAUUGCUGUGUAAUUGAAAAACUAAAAUUGGAGCUUGAGGCCAGAAGAGAGCAGUGUGAGACGAUUGCACAAGAGCAUAGCCUAGAAAUUCAAGAUCUUGUGGCAAGGCACAAGAAAGAAAUGUGUGAACUGAAACAAACAUUGUCAUCAAGUUUAGAGACAGAAAACAGAUCACUGGCUCAGGAAAUCCUAGAUCUUAAGGAACAGUGUCAGAAGUAUAUUCUGGAAAAAGAAGAAGCAAUUGAUAGCUACGAAAGCUUGAGAGAAACUAUGGAAACCCUACAAGCUGAAUUAGGAGAAUCGGCUGGCAAGAUAAGCCAAGAAUUCAAAUCAAUGAAGCAACAGCAGGCUUUGGAUGUUGAUGAACUACAGAAGAAGCUUAUAGCUGCUUUCAGUGAAAAGGACAUUCUUCUGGAGACGGUGAAUCGCCUUCGGGAAGAGGUGGAACAGCUUUCUUGCAAAAGAGAGGAAGUGGAAGAGCUCAGACUUAAAACCAGGGUGCUUCAGGAGGAAAAUGAGAAACUUGUUGCUUCUCUUCUUCAAAGAGAUGCUGCCGUAAAGGAGCUGGAAGAGAAGGAGCGAGAGCUUUGCUCUCAAUACAGCACCGUGUCCGAUGAGGUCAGAUGCUCCAUGGAGACAAUCAAAAACCUCCAGGAACAGUGCAAAGCAGAGCGAGCAGAGGUCCUGGUACUUCAACAGCAGGCUGAGACUCUUCGCCUUUGCAACCACGAAUUAGAACAGCAGGCAGAGGAAUUAAAAGAGGAAUUGAGAGGCGCUUCAGUGGAAAAAGAAGAUAGUCAGCAGAAACUCCAAAAAUUAGAGCAACAAACUGAAGCUCUUCAGCAAGACAGGGAGCGUCUGUCGUCUGAAGUCAAGAGCCUUCACGAUGAAAGUAACAAACUAAAAGAAGAAAGAGAUGGUGUUGAUAAGAAGCUGCAGAGCAUGGCGUCUGAAAAAGAGGAAUGGCUGGUGUUUAAAGAGAAAGUGGAUGGCUUGGAAAUGAAACUAAAAAUGGCCAGCGAUGAAAAAGACCACGUAGAGAAGCUCCUUGACGAGGAAAAGUCCUUCAAGUCCCUUGUAGCCAGUCAGUUGUGCAGCCUCCUUGAACAAAUGGGAUCUGGAUGUCCAGAUGAAAAUGAAGAGCACGAUGUUGUUGCUCUCCUGCAAGCGGCAAGGGAAUCCUUGGCAAGAAUGAAGGAAGAGAAACAGAAUCUGACUCGGCAGAAGGAUGACAAUGCUCUCUUACAGGAGGAGAUCAGGAGGCUCCAGGAAGAAAAUACAGCUUCUUGUCUAGAGCUGCAAUCUCUGCUGGAUAACUCUGAAAAAGAAAAAUGCCUUUUGAGAGAAGAGCUGGAAGGAGCCUUGUCGGAAAAAGAAGCCCUCCAGCUAGAUAUCCAAGAGCUGACCCACGCCAGUGAGAAAGUCAAGGCUGAGAACCAAAGUCUUUUGGCUUGCAUUGAAGAUAUUUAUGAAAAACUCGCAGGUUGUGAAAGUAAGAUGAAAGAGCAAGAAAACAAUUUAGAAGAAGAGAAGAAAAAUCUGAACUCAAUUCUAGAACAAAAGGAGUCUGAACUGAGCAGCGUGCAGGCUGAGCUUUCUGUCCUAAAGAAUUCCGCAGCAGAGUCUUCUGUUAAGAGUGACCAAGAAGCACUGGACUCACAAAAAAUAGUGAAUUUAGAAACACAGCUGAAAGAGAAGGAAGAAAAAUUAAAUAAAAUUAAAGCCGUUGCCAUGAAAUUAAGGAAGGAGCUGGAUUCUAGCAGAAAAGAGAUGCAGUCGCUUAGAGAAGAGCUGGAGCGAACACGGUCUGAGAGAGAGCAGCUCUCUUCUUCAAUGGGAGAGAUCAUUCAGGGAGCAGAGGGCUAUAAGAAUCUCUUAAUAGAGUUUGACAAGCAAGCAGAACAGCUGGAUUUUGAAAAAGACCGAUCUCGGAACUUGGAACGUCAUAUAGAGGAUCUUACAAGACAACUGGACACAUCAACUCAGCAGCAAGACCAGUGGCACUCUGCUAACGAAGACCUCUUGGCUCGAAUAGAGACUCUGCAGACCAACACCAAGCUAUUGGAGACCCAGCUGUUAGAAAUGCAGAAAGCCAAAGCAAAAACAGACAAAGAACUCGAAGCUGAAAAACUUCUAAAAGAACAAAAAAUAAAGGAGCACAGCACCACUGCGAAAGAAGUUGAGGAUCUGCAGGCCCAACUCCAGAAAGAAAGAAAGCAUCUCCAAAAAGUCUUGGAAGAACUGGAGAUGGCAAAGAAGGAUGCUCAGAAGAGUACACUGAUGGACAUGGAAAUAGCUGAUUAUGAGCGUUUGGUUAAAGAACUGAAUCAAAAGCUGAGUGACAGAGGCAGCAGAAUUGAGGAUCUUGAGCAAGAGAUUAAAAUCCAGAAGCAAAAGCAAGAGACGCUGCAAGGUGAAAUGGAGUCAUUUCAGGCCUCUGCACAGCAGUUUGAGAAUAAGAACUCCAAGAUCAAACAGCUGCUGGUGAAAACAAAAAAAGAGCUGGCCGACUUGAAACAAACAGAAAAUGAACUUCUGAAAAUUCAGGCAUCUUUAAAAGGAGAGUUGGAAGCCAGUCAGCAGCAAGUGGAAGUUUACAAG